AAAGAAAGGCUCAAGUUUUGUUUGAUGUCAGCAACAUAUCGAAUGCUUGACCAGAGAAUGAAGUGGACACUUCAGACACAUCUGUCCUUUUGGAUGAAAUAUUGCUUAUCAUCUAGCAGUCAAUUUAAAUUUAAGACUUGGAGAAUUAUGAAAGAUCUCACCUCAGUUGGGUUCAUUGGAAGUGAACGGUAUCUUUCAUUGCUGCUCACCAUUCUAGAUAUGAAACUAAAUGUUUCCAUCUAGCACAAUCGGAAACAGCCAUCUUCAAAUAAUGAGCACUUUCAGCAGCACAGGAAUGUUGAUUGGUCUGACAACAGUUUCGGUUACCUUGGACAUCAGUAUACACAAUGGACUGAUGGCCUGGCACAUUAACAACAAUGUGACUUUAAACCAGAGUCUGCCUACAUCGGAUCCGGCUAAUGUGUCCGAAAAGGAUGCAAUAUUCCACCCAUCACUUGACAAGAACUGGUCUGCUCUUUUGACUUUGAUUAUCAUCAUUUUAACAAUAGGAGGAAACAUUCUGGUCAUUAUGGCUGUGUCGCUGGAGAAAAAACUUCAAAACGCCACCAAUUUCUUCCUUAUGUCACUGGCAGUGGCUGAUAUGCUUGUGGGAAUUUUAGUUAUGCCAGUUUCUCUCAUCACAAUUCUGUACGAUUAUGCCUGGCCUUUGCCCCAGAAGCUAUGUCCUGUGUGGAUCUCAUUGGAUGUAUUAUUUUCUACUGCAUCUAUCAUGCAUCUCUGUGCUAUUUCUCUCGAUCGAUAUGUAGCAAUACGUAACCCCAUAGAGCACAGCCGCUUCAAUUCUCGCACUAAAGCUAUGAUGAAGAUUGCUGCUGUGUGGACAAUAUCAAUGGGUAUUUCAAUGCCUAUUCCAGUGAUUGGUCUUCAGGAUGACUCCAGGGUGUUUGUGAAUGGGAGCUGUGUAUUAAAUGAUGAAAAUUUUGUACUGCUUGGCUCUUUUGUGGCAUUUUUUAUCCCACUGAUCAUCAUGGUAUUUACCUACUGCCUGACCAUUCAGGUGCUUCAGAAACAAGCUACUGUGUUCAUGUAUGAGGAGAUGCCAAAGCAGAGAAAGAACAGCAUAAGUGGUGUAAAGAAAGACAACAACACUGAAAACAUUUCAAUGAUUCAAAAUCAUGAGGCUACUUCUCAUAUGAACUCUCCAGUGAACAAAGAGGCGGCUUUGUUUCGAAAGGGGACCAUGCAGUCAAUCAACAAUGAGCGCAGAGCCUCCAAAGUCCUAGGAAUAGUCUUCUUCUUGUUUCUCAUCAUGUGGUGUCCAUUUUUCAUCACAAACAUCAUGUCUGUACUUUGCAAAGAGGCCUGUGAUAAGGACCUCAUGGUGGAACUCUUGAAUGUAUUUGUUUGGGUUGGUUACGUGUCCUCAGGAAUCAACCCACUAGUAUACACACUUUUCAACCGAACGUAUCGAAGAGCUUUCUCCAACUACAUACGUUGUCAGUAUCACAGUAGCAGAAAUACAAUGCUGCAGCAAAACCAGUCUCAUCAUAACCCAGCAUCAACUGUCAUGUAUGGCAAGGACCUUAAUUUAAACCAUUAUAGAAAUGGCAAUGAACUAACUAGCAUGGACUUGGAUGAGACAGAGGAGGCUAUUGAAAUGCAGCCUGGGACUUCUGAAUUAUCUCUAAACAGUUCUAAUGUUGUCAGUGAACGAGUAAGCUGUGUUUAAAAAAAAAAAAAAGGUCCAAUGGACUUUCACUACUUAGGUCAGUUUCAAAUGUUUAUGUAAAUGAAAUCUAUGUCAUGUCAAACUAUAAUGUAAAUAUUUGUUAAUUAUUAGAGGCCAUUUUUUAAAGACAUAUCUGCAGUCAAGUGCUUCAGUCCAAUUAUUUAUGGCAAGGUAAUUUCCCAUUAUUUUAGACAACAUAACUUAUUUUGGUUACCAGGCUUGCAGAAUGUGAUGGCUUUUUUUAUAACGUGCAUGAACAAAAAUUUUGCUCUAAAUAUGUCAUUGGAUGACCUGUAAAAUGUAAUAAAAUUGCUGCACAUGCAAACACUAUAUUGAUCUAUU